AUGCCUCGCUCUUGCUCUCGCACUCCUGUUAGUCUUCAAGAGAUUCGUGAAGGACCGGUCCAAGCGAGUCUCACGCAUCAAUUGGCGGACUCACACCAAGGUUUGGACAGCCUCAAGGGCGUCAGCGAGUCUACACACAAGGAGAUGUCGAAGGUCAGCUCCGACGUCCAACAGUCGACUGGACAUCGAGAGAAACUCGAAGCGUUCAAGAGAAGAAGAAAGCUGGAUGACAUGAAAAUGGAACAGACUGUCAAAGUUGUCCUGAGCUGCAUCGACGGUCUCGAAAUUCAUGUCAGCCUGGCUCUUGGUCAAAGUGAUCCAAUCCUCAGAGCAGGCGUCCACCUUGUCAAGUCUGUGUUGCUCGAGGUCUUUGGCUUCUCUGUAGCUAGAUUGCCAAACCCGACCGAUGGAGAAGAAGGAUUUCACAACUUCGAGAGCAACAAUUCAGUGGAUGAAGAAGCCGGCGAGGACCUCGAGGACGCCCAGUCUGCAGACGAGAAUGAGGUCGAUGAAGACGAAGAUGAGCAAAGGCCCAGGAAGAGAGCCAGACGGGUCAUUGAAGAUGAUGAUGAUGAUGAGGAUAACUGA